AUGCCCAGAUCCAUGCACGCCUCUUUGGCGGAUGACGUCGCCGAGUCAGUGGACGAAGUUCAACCGUUUUCUGCGCCACAGGAGAUGGAGCUUCAUCAUAGAAAGCAACAGGAGGCCCCAGAAAUCUCGGCCAAUGAAAAGACAGGAACCAAGGACAGAUUGGGCACUCACGAUGCUGGCAACAAGUCUAGCGACCACUACAAGUCCCGACUCUCGUCGUUUCGCUAUCUUUUGAGGUCUAAGUGUAUUCAUAUCGUGAGAAAAGAGACAGAGGUGCUAGCCAAGUUACAGUGCCAAGUUCGUCGUCCUUGGCUAGACUUCUAUUUUGCCUGGACAGCCAAUUUGGCGUCGCAUACCUUUUAUGUGCUAAUGCUCCCCGUGCCAGUGUGGUUUGCAUCUGCCGGAAUUGCCAGAGACUUGGUAGCAGUGCUAGGGUACGGUAUUUACGUUUCUGGGUUCUGUAAAGAUUUGCUCUGUUUGCCCAGACCAAGGUCACCUCCCUUGCAUAGAAUCACCAUGUCUUCUUAUACCACCCAGGAGUACGGAUGGCCGCUGUCCCAUUCGGCUAACGCUACUGCGGUGACGCUUAUUUUAUUCGCCAAAUUGUACGAUUACAGGGAUAGCUUUCUGGCACCCACAUUGGCAUUGUUCACCGUUUUGCUCUUGCUAUACUACUUCUCCCUCAUUAUUGGGCGUAUCUACUGUGGCAUGCACGGUUUCUUUGACAUCUUCACCGGUGCAGUCAUUGGAGCUGCUCUCUUUAUGUUCCGCCGUUACUACGGGUUGGCAUAUGAUACAUGGCUCAUGCUUUCUUCUCGAAACGACACCGUGUGGGGGAUCACAGCCACAAUUAUCUUGAUUAUUCUCGGCAAUUUAUUCUUGAUUCACAUAUACCCUGAACCUGUGGAUGAUUGUCCGUGUUUUGAUGAUUCUGUGGCAUUUGUUGGUGUGCUCAUAGGGCUUGAUUUAAGUCACUUCUUCUUCAUUAUCGCAGACGGAGCCCCCCUGAACACUCCUUUGUACUCGUUUCUUACCAUACCGUACUCAUUUGAGAAGUUUGGCAUUCUGUUAAGUGCCUUACGUAUGGUGCUUGGAAUUGUGCUUGUGGUUAUAUGGAAAGCCAUCUCCAAACCAGUACUCUUCACCAUUCUUCCGCCAAUCUACAAAUUUCUUGGUAUCUACUUGCCUCGAAAGCAGUAUAUGCCCACAGCACACUCACGCCAAACCUCGCGCCAAAUUCGUUCUCAGUCUCUUUCCAACAUGAAGAAUGAGCCUUUGUUGGACGUCGAUAAAGCGUUGAAAUCAGUCAAGGAAGGUGACAAGGAUAGUGUUGGACCCGUUGACGACAUUGAUGCAUACGAGCUUCUUGACUACGGAAAGUCUCAUCCUUCCGAGCCUCAGGUGGAAGUCAGCAUAAGUGGAGUUUUCAGAAAGAGGUACGACGUUGAGAUCAUUGGUCGUACCAUUGUGUACGCAGGAAUCCCCUUUAUGGCCACAUGGGGUUUCAUGAUAGUUACGAGGCUAUUUAGAGUGGCAUAA